UCAUCUCGUACGAUCGACGCUCGGGAGGCUCGCCCGAUCGUCGAAUUCGGAUGUCGCAGCCGACCCUCAACUCCAGCCUGAGCGGCAUCAAUUUCUUCGGCAUGAACCGCGGGGUCGGAGUCGGUCGUCUGUCCUACACCAGUCUGCGCGCCGCCUCGGGCGACAAUAGCAUCAACGAGGAGGAGAGACUCUCGACGCCGAACGUGCACGCCCUGGGUGGCAGCGGUAGCCCGCGCGGUAGUCUAACGAUGGAGAGGAGCUCGUCGCGACUCUCGCAGCCGGACGUGCGCAGAUUCGCCCUGCGACAGGACAAGCGCGAGCGACUGUCGCAGCCCACCCUGGUCACCGGCGAUUACUACCCCGGCCGGGUGCAGCAACGGUUGUCGCAACCGUGUCUCAGCAGCGGCUAUCGCGAGGUCGGCGGCAUCGGCGUCGUGCACUCCCCGUCCCCGCCGCCCUUCCCCCUCAAGCACAAGAGAUUCGUGCCUCCCGUUCUGCAAGCGAGUCAGCGCGACCGUCUGUCCCAGCUGGACAUCGGCGCCAAAUAUCGGAACAUCAAGGACUUGGGCGGCGGCGCCGCCCAAGUCAAGUUCAAUCGCGAUCGGUUCUCGAUACCGGAACUGGAGACGCAGAACGAUCUGCGACUGAUCGCUGGUACACCCAAGCAACGCUUCAGCCUGGACAGUCAGCUGACGAAGCAACGCUUCAGUCUAGACAGCCAGGAUAGCUGCAAGUCGCGGCUGCUACCGAUCGCGAGCUCGCCGAUCUUCGAGCAUCAGCAAAUGAAGACCGAGGAGCUCACCGGAAUGACGUCCGACAGGCUCAAGAGCCCCACCUGCGAAGGCCUGCAGAGCGUCAUCGUGGCGAGCACAUCGCCGAUCUUCCCACCUGGCGAGAGGCGAUUCCUCGCGCCGGACUUUCCGUUUAUCGGCAGAAAGAUGUCAACGUCGCCAUCGCCACCCAAGGCUGGCGAGAUCGGGAAGCGCACGUCCGGCAAACCGCCGCCGAUUCCGGUCCGGGAGAGGAUGUCGGUGCCGGAGAUCAGGAAUUCGAGUUUGCGCCGACUGUUGGACCCGCCUGUCCGGCAACGACACAGCAUCGCCGGCAACCUGCGACAAUCGCUGCUAUCGCCGGUGAAGCUACCCGAGUUCGCCACCGGUGGUAGAAAGUCACCGCGAUACUCGAUCGACGACGCGCUGGAGAAGCUAAAGAGAAUCGAGAAGGAGGAGAAUCGACGGAAUCUGGAGGCGAACGAGGAGAUGGAGCAGGAAGCCAAGGAACAGGAGCAGCAGCAACAGCAGCAGCAGCAGCAAGACCAGCAGCAGGAACCGAAGCACAUCCAACGACAUUACUCGUACACCUACGAGACAUCCGGCAGCGACGAAAGCGGCAGUGUCUCGACACUUGGCAAGAUGAGCGUGGGUGGUACUCCGAAGCGCAAGUACCUGGAGAGCAAUUUUGACGAGAACGAGCAGGUGAUCACGACGGUGAUCGAGACGGAGGUGCCGAUGAUCCUGCCAAGCACGCCCGGCAAGUACGCGAAGAAGGUCCAGGCGUACUCGAGCGAGACGCCCAAGUGGAUUCGCAAGUACCUGGAAAACGAGAGCCCGAAGAUAGGCCGAAGGACCUCCACCAGCGCCAAGGACCAGAUCGCCAGGACGAAUCGCAGGAACAGUCGCAGGAAGAGUUCGCUGGAGUCGAUCGAGACGGCGUCGAAGAAGCCCGAGGAGAAGACUCGCUCCAAGUCCGCCAGCUGCGAGGAGAGGAGCAUCAAGAACGUCGUGGAUCAAUCCCUGGACGGCGUGAGGGAGACUUAUGUGAGAAUCGUGCCGUCCAACAAUGCCCAGGAGGAAAAUAGGUACGAGGUCGCCGUGGAGACCACCACGACCUCCUGGAAGACAGAUCGAGGUCUUUACGGCGACGACACCGACACGGACGAUUCCACGUCGAUCUAAUCGAAUGGAAAAGAUCAUUGUCUCAGCAUGAUUCGCUCAUGUUCAUGGGAUUCGCUCGUUCUGUGUGUGUGAUGGCCGCUGUUAAACUGCUGAAAAAAUUUAUAAUUCAGUUUCAAUUAGCUAAAGAUUUUAUUAUUAUCAUCUUUUCAAUUAGCUAAGAAUAUUUUCGUUAUCGUCUUUUUUUGACGAAUAUUGAAUUUUAGCGAUCGAUUUUAUGAUGCU